AUGUUUGGAGAGCGUCUUGGAAUGAAAUUUAAAGUUGACAAUGGUUCUUAUGACAUCAUCGGAGCUUUUACUGGUGAAGAGAACGAGAACAUAGAGGUAAUUUGCUUUCUCUAUGAUGAUGGAAAACACUCUAUUGCGGCAUGGUAUGACGGUAUUCAGUGGAGAAACGAAAAGACACUGAAAAAUUGGGCAAUAAGCUUUCAGGAUAUAAAGGAAUUUAUCAAUGAUGAAAACGAGAAAAAAAUAUAUACUACGAAAAAAAUAGAUGGCAUCGUUGUAAAGAAGCCCAUCAUCCACAGCGGCCUCUCCGUUGUAGAAGAAAGAACAUUUUGGGUCGAAUCUCGAUCGAAGAUUGGACGUGCUAUUGGAGAAAAGAUAGAAAUAUUUAUCUAA